AAUGUCAAAUUGUUAUGAAGCCAUGCUACCAUUUAAGUUAAAUUAAUUCGAAAUAAACAUUUAAUAAUUAUAAUUGCGACUAUGGCAUUGAGUUUGUGUUGUCGGCGGGCCCUACAAAGGCGUACUUCUUUCCAAAAAACUUUCCGAAGACACGGAUAUAUAGUUCUUGUACCUGAAAUAGGUGAAGAUUUACCAGAGAAAAAUCCCCUUUUACAAAAAAAUGGUCUCCCAGAGUUUAGUCAGAUCACAAUCGAAAACUGCAUGGCAGCAAUUGGUAAACAAACUUUGGACUUUGAGUCUGAUAUAAAACAAAUCGAAGAAAAAAUCGAAUCGGAAGAAAACGUCGAUGUUUUUAAAGAUGUCUUUGAACCAAUCGAAAAAUCAGGAUCCUCGUUAGACAUGACAUGGGGGCUUUCGAAAACCCUUUAUUUAGGCAACAGUACAUUAAUGCCCACAAAAAGUUACCUAGCGAUUCACGAACGCGCAAGACGUGCGCGAGCCGUUAAAUUCAACAGCCCCACUAUUUAUAAUGCGGUCAAAAAAACAUUGAAUGACACGAAAAAUAUGUCAGAAGAGGAAUUAAGGGUGGUUAAAAAGUUUGCGUUAGAAGGAAAAUUAAAUGGGUUAGAUUUAAAUGAUGGUGAAAGAGCUAAAUUGACCGCAAAUUUAAAUAACAUUUUGGCUGAGAAAAGUAAAUUUAAAAUUAAAAAUGAACACGCAACGAAAGCUUUUAACCAUCAAAUAAAUGAUCCCCAAAUUAUUCGAGGGUUUCCUGAGGAAUUAUUAAAAGGAAUGGUAUCAACACCUUCCCAAAUUGUUGAAGGACCUUGGUUUGUUACUUUACAACCACACAUUUCAACCGGUUUCAUGGAAUAUUGUCCUGAUAGAAUAUUAAGAUGGAAUGUAUGGCAAGCAAUUGUUAGUAGAGGAUCUGGUUAUAAAGAUUCUGAAUUACAAACUAGUCCCCAAAUUGAAGAAAUAAGAUUUUUAAGACGAGAUCAAGCAAAAAUUUUAGGUUAUUCAACAUUUGCCGAUAUGUCAAUGGAAACAAAAAUGGCUGGAAGCGUAACGAACGUAAAAAAUAUGUUAUCGACACUUUUAGAACGCGCUAAACCAGCUCAAGACGCCGAAUUAGCCAACCUUUACGAGUUUGCAUCGAAAAGUGGAUUUGAAGGUUCAAGAAUUGAACUUUGGGACGUUCCGUAUUGGCGAAGAAAACAAAGAAUUUCUCAGUUUUGCUUCACCGAUCAAGAAAUCCAAGAAUACUUUCCAUUACCAAAAGUGUUAAAAGGAAUGUUUAAUUUAUGCGAACGAUUGUUUAAUAUUACAAUUCGUCAACGAAAUGAAAUUCAAACUUGGCACAAAGAUGUUAAAUAUUAUGAUAUUUUUGAAACACACAGUUCGGCUCCCGUUGCUGGAUUUUAUUUUGAUCCGUAUGCGAGAGAAUCGGAGAAAAUAAGGACGACGAAUAACGGUUGGAUGGUUGGAAUACAAAAUCAUAGCACGGUGGCCGGUAUUAAACCUUUAGCUGCUUUAAUUUUUAAUUUUACACCACCCACGCAAGAUAAACCAACUUUAUUAUAUUUCAAUGAAGUUUCUUUGCUUUUCCACAAAUUUGGUCAUGCGCUGCAGCAUUUAAUGAGUAGAACUAAAUAUUCUGAAGUUUCUGGGUCGUCAAAUAUCGAAUGGGAUGCUGUUGAAGUUUGCGGACACGUUUUAUCCCAUUGGUUAUACAAUGAAAAGGCUUUAGAAGAAAUAAGUAGUCAUUACAAAACCGAAGAAAAAAUUCCAAGUCAUAUACACGAAAGUUUAACAAAUAUUCGGAAACACACCGCGGGAAUUGAUUUGUGUAGAGAAUUAUAUCUAUCCGCUUUAGAUAUAGAGUUCCAUUCAACAAAAGAUUUUUGGUUGGAUAUUGUUAAAAAACUUUGGCCCCAAUAUAGAUCAUUUCCUUUAGAAAAAUUAGAUUCCCAUCCUUGUUCGUUCACACAGAUUUUCAUAGAGGAAUGGGGCGCUGCUUAUUUUUCGCAUAUUUGGUCAAGAAUUAUUGCUGCCGAUAUUUACAGUGCGUUCCAUGAAGUCCGAGAGAAUGAAGAUAAAGUUUUAGACGUUGGAAAAAGAUUUCGAGAGACUUAUUUAGCUUUGGGAGGAAGUUGUCACCCGGGAGAACUUUUUAGAAAGUUUAGAGGGCGCGAUCCAUCACCCAAAGCAUUACUUAGUUCGUUAGGUUUAAAAAAAAUUAAAAAAAUUGUUGAAGAGUAAUUUUUUUUCUUUAUAAUGAAAAGAUGAAAUAUAAUUGUAUUUAUUAUUUGUUGUGAUUACUUUUAUGUAGAAUUUAAAUAUAGAUUUUUUUUGUAAAUGA